AUUAAACCACCUGAGAGAUUUAUCAGUACCCAACUGUCAGGGGGACUCAGGGUGCUAUAUCAAAAGCUUGAAGAAAAAAAACAAGGCUUGUGUGAGGAAGAAACUCUACUGCUCAGAGCGGCCACAAUACCAAAAGGUUUAGUAUGAUUCUACAGUGCUGCCAAUUUCAUUGCCACUCUCUUAAAUUCUACUGAGUAAACAGGGAGAUUCACUAUCAGCUAACUCAUCCACUGGGUGUAUUUUGGUACAUAUUACUUGUUCAACUCUUUACACUUAUUUGAAAGGAGGCAAACAAUAAGAAAAGUAUUUGAAUUUGCAAAUGAGUCAAACCUCUUGUUAGAAGAUUAGGAAAAAAUCCUUUCUGUCAUGGGAGGAAAUCAAGUGGGGAAUUUUUCUUGCAUACUGUUCAGAAACCAGACAAGUCAUGUUUCAAUCUUAUCUGAAAGGAUAAUUGGAUGAUAGAUUUUUUAUUUUUUGAUUUUGAACAUGAGGAUGGUUGAUUAUUACUGCACAUCAGCCCAUGGCUCUGCAGCCUAGUUUUGAUUUUCUUUAUGUAAAAAUCAACAUGGGAGAACCAGAAUGCGUACACAGACUACCUGUGAUGACAUUUUUAUUUAAUUUUUUUUCCGUUUUGGCUCCAGCACUAGCAUCACAGACUGGCAAAGAUGGCAAAUUCAAGCCUUGUUACCCAGGUAACUUCUCUGUUUCAGUUCAGUAGCUGCAUCAAUUACACUGAAGAUUUCCAAUCACUAUAUAAAAGCAUGUUUCUGUAAAGCUACAGUUAUUUUGUGAAUUCAAAAUCUAAAAACAGUGAAUUAAAAAGGUUUUUAAGUAUGUGUAGCUUGGACUUAAGAAAUAUGACACAAAAAUAAAUUGUUAUGGCAAAAUUUAUCAAAUGAAUACAUUUUUUUUUUCAAUUUUAAUUGCUGUUGAUUUCUUCUUUAUAAUUUUCUUUCUGGUAGUUCCAUUACUUGCUGGAAGAUACAAAUUUAUUCAAGUUAUUGGUGAAGGGGAAUCAUCACUCUUAAUUUCAGCAGAGGUAAGGUAUACAAAAUGCUCAUACAGACUGGAAAUUAUGGUUUUUAAUUGCUGUAACUGUCUCUGGAAAAUACCAGUACCUCCUGUUAUACCCGUCAACUUUAUACCUACAUUUAUAUGAAUUUUUUCGAAAGUGUUACUUCAUUUUUGAAGGACCUAUUAAUUACUUUCAGCAUAUGGUUAAAAACUUGCCUUAUAACCCUUUAACUCCCAGAAGUGAUCAAGAAGUAACUUCUCCCUUUAAUAUCUGUACAUUAUAUAGCAAACAGGUAAUGAGAUACUCAAACUGAUCAGGAAGAAGUUGUUGUCUUGAUCUAACACCAAAUUCUAGUAAUUAGUUUAAUAGAAAAGAUGCAGCAACUAGGGAGGAGAAUUAACAAUCUGAUCUAAGGAGUUAAAUGGGAUAAGACAUUCAAAGGUGUUUGAAAUGCAAUUCAGAGGUGUAUCAUAUGUUUCAAUUAAGAUAACCUCUUCCAUAACUGCAAAGGCCCAUAUUCCUUCUAGAAACAGACCAAAACAUUUGAAAUCCAAGGGGCUGUGUUGCUUAAUUCCAAUCUCAGCUUCUAUUAAAGACAAUGUUUCGUGAUGGAACUUAUUUUGUGAUUGGAUAAAAACUGUUCAGUUCACACAGUAUGCUUGUAUAUUCACCAAAGCUAACAUUCAUGUAAUUUUCUUUGUAAAGGAUACAUACCAUUUUGAAAAGAAGCAAGUUGCUAUAAAGAUAAUGAAUUUGGAUUAUUCCAGACUUGGAGCUCAGGUACACUGUAUCUGUCUAGUAUAGAGUUUAAUAUGCAUACAGCUGUAAGUGAUAAGGUGCAUUUCAGACAAGCAAGCUACAAAUAAAUCUGUUAUAUGCAGAGCUGAGAGUGCUACUGAAACUGCAUCUACUGAAAAGAGCUUGUAUGCAAGCAUGUGUACCUUGACAUGAGGUAUACAUUGUCAGUGGAAACUGUUCAAGAUGAAGUGUACAUGUUCAUGCAAAGAUCUUUGGGUUGAUUUCCUGCAAGGUAAAUUAGAUUAACUUACUAUCUACUUUGUAUUACAUGAGUUUACUUUUUAUUUACAAAACUGUUGUAGGAGGCAGAUUGCAUUCAACAGCUCAACAAGGCUGAUCCUCUCCAUGUUUCCAGAACUGUCCAGUUGUUUGUAAGUCAUGGAUGUACAAUCCUUUUUUGAAUACUGAAUCACAUGAAACAAAAUAUCUGCAUGUUGUUAAAUAGGACUUAUUUUAUACAGACACUGUAAGUAUCACUCCAACUUUUUGAUACUAUAUGAAAAAUCAUGAAAAGAGAAGAAACUGACCCUACUGAAGGACACAAAUGAUGUAAACUCAACAGUAUUAAACACCACUGGCCUUAACUGACAAGGAAAUUCAACCAAUGACCUUGGAUUGAGAAUGAUGAAUGCUUUGCCUUUCAUCCAUCAACUUGACAGAGUGGUGCAAACUAGGUUUUUUGCAUGUCAACACUUAGUUGGCAGUAUCAAACAUGCAUGAAAAAUUAUAAUUGUAAUUUACUUGUAUGCAGUUACAGCUUUUCUUGUAAAACACGGCAGUCUUAAUAUUAUAAUUUCCAAUUGGUUCUUUGUUUUACAAUAAUUAUAACAUAGCACUGAUAUAUUUGGUACACGAGUACAAGAAUGUAUUCUAUGUAGAGGACCACAGUUCACUGACCUUGUAUUUUUGCCAAUUUGACAUAUUUGCUUGUGGAUUUUUAGAAUGUUUUCAGUUUUGAGGGCCAUUACUGCUUGGUUUUUGAGCUGUUGAGACCUCGGCCACUCCAUCAAUACUUUCAGGUUGGUUAAAUUAUAAACAGUGUAAUUUAGUAUUAUCAACUGAGCUGAUAAUGUAAAUUGGCCUCUGUUAAGAGUUUCAAAGCUGAUGUUUCAAGCAUUAGCCCUCUGUCAAAGGGAAUGGUGAAGGGCUAACAUUCGAAAUGUCAGCUUUGAAACUCUUAAUGGUGGCUAAUUUACUUUAUCAAUUCAGUUAAUAAUACCAAAUUACCUUGUGAUACUCUCCCACUGAUACAGUGCCAUUGUUUGCUUUAGAAAUUUACUGGCUUUAUUGAAUUAUAAACAUGCUAUUAAGGAAUCCAAGAGCUUUCCCUUUAAAUCAAUUACUCUACUUUGUACUGUUGUAUCUCUACUGAUGUAAGUAUUAUAUUUUAAAUCAUCUUCUUUACAGAAAUGUCAGUUUGAUAACGAGGUAAGAGUGUUUAAUGUAUUACCAUCUGUGCAUUGUAUGUUUUCAUUGUUAAAUUGAUUGUCAUCUUUGUUAACAACAUGAUUGAUUUAAUGUACAUAUUUUUGGCAAGAUCAUCAUCUAACCAUGUACAUUCUGUAAUAUCAGUUACUCAACAGUGUUUUCUUGACUUUGUUUACUAACAGGAUGACAAACUGAAAGUCAUCAGGAAAAUAACUUUUCAAGUGAGAAAACCUUUUUUUUUUUAAUUCUUAUAACUACUUUUGAUUUAAGUUAUUUCAAAUACAAUUGCAUCAGUUUUCUUUUGUCAGCUAUAAGAACUUACAAAGACCAUUUUAAAGUUAGCUUUAAUGAAGAUGAAACUUGUUGUGCGUCAAAUUUAUUGAAAUCAAAAUAAUAGUUUUUAUAUAAUAAAUUGAUGUGGUUAUUUGCUUGUAGCUCUUACAAGCUCUUGGAUUCCUAAGGAGGUAAGAUUAUCAAUAGGUGUUCUUUUGAGACUCUCUAGAACUACUCAUUUGUACCCACAAGUGGCUUCAUUUUAUUUCAUUGUCAAGGGACUCUUCUCUUGCCCAUCUUUUGGUGAUGCCAUCAUGUUGUUCCAGGUUGGAAGUGGGAAGUUUAUUCUGCAUUUUGGCAAAUAAAAGGGGAUCUUUUUCAAAAGGGGGUGUUCAUUUGAGAGGAGUGACUGAUUUCAGGAUUUUAUGUGCUUUGAUCUCAUUCAACUUUCCAUAUGAAUCCACAGACAGAAUGUCAUCCAUGCUGACUUGAAACCAGAGAACAUUCUUUUUGAAGAAGGUGAAGUGGGGUGUUUGCAACAAAUUGUCAAAAAAUUUGAUUUAACUUAAUGGACUUUUAAAGAGUUGUAAUAUUUUGAUCUGGUUAAAUAUAAAUAACAGCUGUAGCAUUUUGUAAGAAAAACAGACCAACAUUUUAUACACUGCUCAGAUUCUGAAGAUACACAAUACAGUGGUCAGUGAAAGACUACUUUUAUGAAUACUCAGAGUUCAUAUCAGUUACAAUUAUUUGCCUAACAAAAAAUAUCAUGAAUAUACCAUCCCAUUUUUGUUUCUGUCAUCAUGUAUAUAUGUCAUCAUGAUGGUGCCUGGAUGCCUUGUAUAGGGCCCCAUGUCUUAGUUGCAAACAUUUUGAUGCAUGGGAGCAGUAGGCUUGGAAUUUAUGGACUAAGCCUUUUAUGGACGUAGCCUUUUUUACAUUUCUGACAGCCAACCUCCAUUGAGAGAUCUGGUUGUUAAUACACUGUAAUAAAAACAACUUUUUGUACACUUAACAAUUUUAGUCACAGACCUGAUGGUGAACAGUGGUGGAUAUUUACCGCACUGCUUCGCAGCUUGGUGAAUUUCCACCAGUUUCAUUGACACUGACAGAAGUGAAUAAAUUUGUUAGUAUAUAGUAUACCACAUAGAUACCAAAAAAUUAGUUUAUUUCUUUCAAUAUACCAAAAACUGGUCAGAAAUCAAACUCUUAACAUGUGAUUUUGUCUCAUUGACUGCAUGGAGGUGAAUAGUACUUGGUAUUCCCUAAAUGGAACCAGCCAAUCAGCACAUGCAAAAAGCACUAUUUACUUGUUUGGUGUGUACUAAAAUUGUAUAUUAUAUUAACACACUGUAGGUGACGAAACCAAGAUAAAAGUUGUUGACUUUGGAAAUGCAAUUCAUUGGGUUCAUAGAGAGGUACAUGUGAUUUCUAUUAUUUGGUAGCUUUAGUGACUUAAUAUUAAAUGUGUGCAGCUAGAUGCAUCAGAAUUGUUGUACUGUAGACUUUAGUAACCCUUUACACCCUAACAUCAAUAUGCAUAUUCUCUAUACUGCUCUCAUACAUUUGCUGAAGCACUGACAAGGAGAAUCUCUUUAAAAAUCAAGAGCUUUAUAAGUUGAUGAUCAUUUCCUUGAUUCCCGUGACUUUAAUGUUUGAUUUAAGGGUGAUAAUGUAAAAAAAAAUUAGAAGCUGAUCAGUCUUAGGGGUUAAAGGGUUAAAAGAUCCUUUUCAAAGUAUAAUGAAAGGCAAAUUCUGUACAGAGGACAAGGGCUCAUACCAGCUGUGAAAAACUGUUUAUAGAGAAUUGUGUACUAUGUGUUUACCCCUUUAACAUGUAACUUCUCCCUAGAAUAUCCAUACUUUAUCCAGCAAACAGUUAAUGAGAAUACACAAACUUAUCAGGUAGAAGUUCUUAUGUUGAUCAAGUAUCAGAUUCUCAUAAGUAAUUUAUAAGAAAAUGUGAGGCAGCUAAAGUGGAGAAGCUACAGCCAUUUUGAUCACCGUGACAAGUGAAAAUAUAUUUGGUGACUUUUGCCAACAUCUUAGUCAUUUUAACAUUUUAGUUAAUUGGUGACUAACAGAUAAGAAAAAAGAAAAAAGAGGCAGCCAAAAAUUUUUAAAUGGCGACCAUUUUAAAUUUGAAGGUUGCCAAAAGGCAACUCUUUCGAAAAAUGAGCUUGGAGCUCUGUCAGCCACCAUUAGUAAUGACAUAUGAUAAUUACUCAAAAUAUUUAAUUUAAUUCUUAUUUUCUUCUGUUUAAUUCUGUCAGGUUUCCUUGUAUUAUGAUGAGUUUGAAUUACAAACUUUACUUUACAGAGCUCCUGAGGUAAGGUAAAGAUAUUGCUGUUUUCAUGAAUUUGGAGACAAAAUUAAUUUUACAUGUGGGUUACAUGCAUGCAACUCCAGUGUUUUCCUAAUCAAUCCAAGGGAAAUAAAGCUAGAUUAAAGUAUUUUAUUUGUACUUGCAUGAACUGAAGUACUCUAUGAAAGAUGAUCAGUAAAGUUCUGCAGUUUUGUGUUUCAUAAAACAACUUAAUGUGGUUGGCCUGUUGCAGAUGGAAAAUUCUGUUCUGUGGUGACUAUCAUCUCAAGCAAUGUAUCAGAAAACAUAUUUAAAUUCACACAAUUAUUUUACCAUGACUGUAUGUCAGGUGCAAAUAGAUGGGGGAUGUACAUAUAUAUUAGGGCUGUUUUUAAGUGUUUGUUGGACACUUGAAUUUUAAAGUUCAGUCUGUGGAAGAGGGUCCCACUAAAUGUUGUUUAAUGCAGUGAGGUACAGUGUCCUCCACUUGAUAAUGUUGAUGGCAGUCAGUUGAAACUGAAAGCACUGUGUCAAUUCUUUCCAGGUGAUGUUUGGUGUUCCCUUUGGCCCUGAGAUUGACAUUUGGUCUUUGGGAUGCAUUGUAGCUGAGGUUGGUUAAUUGACUUGUAUGUUCUCACCAUAAUUAAAAUAUUGUUAAUGAUUAUUAGACCAUCAGUCAGAGCUAAUAACAGAUGAUGCUUGGCAGUUUUAUGAUGGAUAUUUCUCCGUAAGGGGGGAGGAGAACUCACCCAGCCAUUGAUGUUAUUGAUGAGGAAAUGAAAUAAUGUCCUUUUAAUAUGAACAUUGGUUUCAGUUGUAUAUAGGCAAACCUUUAUUUCUGGGAGGAAAUAGGACUAAAGUGUUGCAAGAGGUAUGUUUUUGUUUUGUUUUUUUUAUUAUUGGCACUUUUACAAGCUGUUUAUGACCUAAAGUAACUACUUUCCAUGCUUGGUUGCAGGUAACCAGUAUUCUUGGUCCCAUACCUUGGAGUCCAUUCCAUACUGGAAAAUUUUUUGAAGAUUUGUUACAGUUUAUAGGUCACCACAACUCAGGUAAAUUCAAGUUUAAGAUGAUUCAAAUGUAAUCAAGUUAUCUCAAACUUUUUUGGUAAUCCUAAUACUUAGUCCUCAACAUCAUUUAAAUGGUCUCUGCAACUAUUUCAUAAAUCCAGGUACACAACUUAAAUAAACAAUUGAUUUAACCCUUUAACUCCUAAGAGUGACUAACAUCCAAUUUCUCCACACAACAUCACCCAUGAAUCAAACAUCAAGGUCAUGAGAAUAAAGGAGAUGAUCACCAAAGAAGCUCUUGAUUGUUAAACAAAUUCUCCUUGUCAGAGCCUUAGGAAAUGUCUAGAGAGUAGUAUGGAGAAUAUGCAUACUGAUGUAAGGGAGGAAAGGGUUAAGAUACAUUAGCAAAAUAGCAAAAGACGACUUAUCGUUUAUACGAGGGAGGAACCAUUGGAAAGAGAGCGAUGCUUAGAGGUGGUUCAAGUGAAAAUUAAAAAUAAUUCAUACGUGGGAAAAGAUUUUCUGAAAAAAAACAACAUGCACAAUGAGAUGUCCAGAAAAAAAAGUAUCCAUUCAUUCACCUUUCCAACUAUUAUUUCUGCUCCCAAAAAAUGAAUCAACAAAAACGUCCAUAAAUACAAUAAAUUUUCAUGGGAAAAAAAUCCCACAUAGAAAAUACUGUAGGAAUCAACACAUGUUGGCUCUUUACUCACUUAAGACUUUUUUUUCAUUGCUUUUAGAGGACAAUCACCUGAAAUGUGUGAGUAAUGUGAUGCUGAAACUCCAUAAUUCAAGAAAUUUCUCUUUUGCACGUUUCUUAGUUGGCUUGCUGAAGUAUAAACCAGGUAAGUAUACGGAAUUAUCAUAGUCUGUGUAACUUUUACUUGAAACACUUUGUUUGUUACAGUCGUUAUCCUGCAAAACAAUGCCAAACGCACUGACACGUGAAAAACAAAAAACCAACCUUUGUUCUUUGCUUUGUAUCACGAUCUCAGGUGAAAGACUUACACCUUAUCAAGCUGCUGCGCAUCCAUUUUUGGCGCCAGAGUGUUCCUUUGCAAAUUUAUUGCCUCAACAAGGAGAUAAGAAAACAGGUUUGUUCUUGCCUUCCAUUGAACUGCAUAAAUGCAAAUUGGCCCUAUGCCGUCGCCAUGAAACGAACUUCUGACAAAGAAAUUUACCUUUCACACAGGAAUCACCUUUUUUACAGUUUCUCAGACUUUGUCGUUUAUGUAGUGACGACUCUGAUUUUUCUGAAAAAUCAGAGGCAACGUGCUAGUUUUUCGAUAAACGUAGCUAUCCUGUUUCUGUCGUUCAAGCGGGCCACCGCCGUGCCCAACAAAUUGAUCGACAUUCAGCACUACAAACGGUUCAGAAAGAAGAUGCCGAUCGCAUUCCAUUCACUCUCACAUUUCACCCUCACAACCACGCAGUUGAAUCUAUCAUUCCUAAAAACUUUCAAUUACUUCAAAACGAUUCCGAGACUGGUACGAUCUUUUCGCAACCUUCACUAAUUUCAUUCAAACGUGACAGAAACAUAGGCAACUUUUUGAUCAGAAGUUCAUUUCAAACCAGUGACUAACCUGGAACUUUUAAAUGCGCUCGCUCACGAUGCAAAACUUGAAUGAAGCAAGACUUGUUUUCAUCCGAAAUCUCCCUGGAAGGUGUAGUGUUUCAAGUUUGAUUAAGGUAUUGGGAAACCUUUAUCAAUCAAAAUAUAAUAAAAUACCUCUGUUACGUUAUUUCCAGAUGCUGGAAGCUGCGAAGACAUUUCGCUUCCCACUGAGUAUAACUUCAAACCAUACGUUGACGAGGAAGUUAAAAGGCAGCAUUUUUCUGGAACUGAACUCUUAAAGAAGGGAACUACUGUAACUGCUUCUUCACCAAAACACUUUCAGAGCAAACAGGAAAAUGCAACAUCUCUGAGGGCUGGAAAUUUACAUUGUUCUCAAAGAGAAAAGGUGACAAUUAAUGAGAAAUCUCGUCGGGAAGACCAGUUGCGUCAAGAAAAUUUCAGUUAUGCCAUGGAAGGUCCUCUUGCCACGGGAUACCCUAAAUCAACUCACCAACAGAACGAGACGUGUGCCGUUUUUAAAGGAAAUACAUGCACUGAUGAUAAACAAGUCUAG